AUGGACUGGGACGCCAAGAUGCUUCCUGCCUGGGACCUCGGUACGGUGGUCGGGCCCAGCAGCAGCGGGGGCGGGGGCGGCGCGCUGGACCUGAAGCUGGGCGCGCCGACGAGCUCGAGGGCCGCCGCCGCCGUUGCCGCCGUCACGCCCACGCUGCCGUCAGCGAACCCUCCGCCUCCGGCAGCGGUACCGGCUCCGGCGCCGUCGUCGUCCGCGCCGGCGAAGCGUCCGCGCCCGGGGCACGCGCAGCAGGCGGUGCCGGCGUGCUCCGUUCAGGGCUGCGACGCGGACCUGUCCCGGUGCCGCGACUACCACCGCCGCCACAAGGUCUGCGAGGCGCACUCCAAGACGCCCGUCGUCACCGUCGCCGGCCAGCAGCAGCGCUUCUGCCAGCAGUGCAGCAGGUUUCAUUUGCUCGGGGAGUUCGAUGAGGCGAAGAGGAGCUGCAGGAAGCGCCUUGAUGGACACAACCGGCGCCGCCGUAAGCCGCAGCCGGACCCUCUCAACCCUGCCGGCUUGUUUGGCAAUCACCAUGGAGUCACAAGGUUCACAUCGUACCCACAGCUAUUCACCACAUCCAUGGAAGAGCCCAAAUGGUCGGUGGUCAAGACGGAGACUGACGUGUUCCAAGACCAGUACUACCCGGCCGUCCACCUCAACGGUGCCGGCACCGGCUCCCUCUUCCAUGGCAAGGACCGGAAGCACUUCCCAUUCCUGACCAACCACAACAAUGGCGGCGGUGACUUGGCUGCCACGGCCUUGGGCUGCCAGCCCUUCACCAUCACCACGACGGCUUCCUCAGAGAGCAGCAGCAAGCAGAGCAACGGCAAUUGUGUUCUCUCUCUUCUGUCAGACAACCCAACACCAGCACAGACGGCCAUGAUCCCUACCGCGCAGCCCCUCGGCGCAGUGAUGCAGUACGGCAGGCUCCCUGGCAGCGGCGGUGGCGACGUCUCCCUCACCGGGAUGUCGUACAUGAGGGUGGGAGACAGCAGGCAGGCAUCCAUUCUGACAACGUCGUCACCUAGUCACACUGCAGCUGCUUCUCCUGGUCCGGUCACUGCAGCUGCAACGCAGCAGCUGCAGUACCACCAUGACUACUACCAUGUGAGCGGUGGCGAGCAGGGCAACAACCCAGAUGGCGCGUCCAUUCAGGCCCUUCCCUUCUCAUCGUGGUAG